AUGCAGUCAUCUUAUAUGGAUGAGCUCUUGCGCCUUCUUGGGCGGCAAGAAUCUAUAUCAUUUAGAACUUUAAUCACUAUCAUUACUACAUCAUUAAAGCGUGAAGAAAAUAUUCUAAUUACUUAUUCCAAGCAAGAUAAAAUUCAACCACAAAUAAUUUGCUCUUUACUUGAUUAUAUUUAUACAGCUAUCAUGCCAUUAUCUAUUUCAUUUACAAAUAAUCAGAGUAUUACAAGAAUAGCUCAAAAUCGAAGAAAUAGAAAUUUAGUUAACUCUCCUCAGCUUGAUCCAAAUAGAAAACAUUCAAUGGGAGAUGCUGACCAAAUUAGAAUCACCGAGCAAUUAGCUGAAAAUCCAUCACCUUUUUGUACAAAUGUUGCAGUAUUUGAAAACUUGCAGACAUAUAAAGAUUUACCAGGCUUAGUGCGUACUGCAAAGCAAAUGAAAGGCACAUUCUCUAACCAACUUUGCGAUUUAGCUCAACCCUUCACGAUCGUUGGAAUUGUACCUGAUUCUGUUUACAUGUCGCAUGAAGUACUAGAUGUAUUCACCUACUGUGUCCAUAUUACAGAACCACCACAUUCGAUUCCAAGUAAUUCUACUCCUUUCUUUAUGAUGUACACAACUUUUCUUCCAGAAAAGCCACCAACAGUAUACUUAGACAGAGAUGUAUACACAUAUAUAUCAGAACUUUACUUAGCAAUUGAUACUUGGCCCCUUGCAACUGGCCAUGUAAAAGCAGAGACACGACUAACAAUGAUCAAAGCAAUUGAAGACUACGCUUUUCUUUCUGGGAGAAAGUUCAUCAUCCCUGAUGAUGUGAAAGCAAUAGUUCCAUGUCUCUUGACACAUAAAUAUCAAUUACCAAAUGGAACUACAUUUGCAAAGUGCUAUGAACAUGUAUUACAGGCAGUCAAUAAUGUCCAAGUUCCAGUUUAA